AUGCUUAAAGAAGAGUGUGGUUUCCCAGAUACUGUUGACUUUAGUGACAGAUAUAAAGAAGCUAUUAGAAAGUUCAAGGAUGGAAAUACUGACCCGAACCUAUUUAGCUUUAUGGCUCAGCACCAAAACGGAUAUAAUCUCAAACCUGGAAAAUACAAGCUCGCUAAGGGAUAUGAUUUAAUAGCAUAUCAUCCAAAUGACAUGGAUGAAUUUACUCCGAGAUAUUUGAUGUCAGAGCUAAAUGACAAUUCAACUUUCGUCAUGAAACGCGUAAAAAAUAGAGACGGAACGAAAGAACAAAAGCUUAUGAAUGCGGAUGACGUAGAUAGGGAAAUUGUUGAAAACGGUCUCGGAAUAUAUGAAAUGCCAGCAGAUGAGGUACAAGAAACUCCACAGGAAGAAGUUCAGAUACAACCAGACAUGGAAGAAAUAGUUCAGCAACAACAGCUAGAAGAGCCUGAAGGAAACGAACAAGUCCUUCCUUUGGAAACUAACUUCACAGAACUAGAUGAAGAUUUGGAACAGCCGAAAAAUCUUGACCCUCAACAAGAGUAUGCGGAGAAUAUGGAAUAUUUCCAAGAGUCUAAAAAAAAUUCGGCUGACAUAGUAGAAGAAUAUCGAAAAAUGUUUGCCGACAUACAAAAGACUCCAACAUCAGAUGAAAAUAUCCAGCAUAGAAUGGAAGAACUGAAAAAAAAU